AUGUUCCGUGGACUUUCUGCUGUGUCGAAGCAGUCCGUUUUUAGGGCUAUCCCGAAACUUCCCGCUCGUUUCGUGGAUUCGAGUCCAUUUUCCUUGUCUCAGUACAGACUGGUGCAUUUGGAAUCGAUACCAAAGACUUAUGAGGAAGAAAAGGAGCACAUUGAUGAGAUCAACGCCACGUUGCCUGAUGCAGAUCUUUCUAGUUCCAAGAGGUUGAGAAAUAUCGGUAUUUCUGCUCACAUUGAUUCCGGUAAAACCACUUUUACUGAGAGAGUUCUCUUUUACACUGGAAGAAUCAAGGCUAUUCACGAGGUUAGAGGAAGAGACUCUGUGGGUGCCAAGAUGGACCACAUGGACUUGGAACGUGAGAAGGGUAUCACUAUUCAGUCUGCUGCCACCUACUGUUCUUGGGAAAAGGACAACAAGGACUACCAUUUUAACUUGAUUGACACUCCAGGCCAUAUUGACUUCACCAUCGAGGUCGAGAGAGCUUUGAGAGUAUUGGACGGUGCAGUGCUUGUUGUCUGUGCUGUUAGUGGUGUGCAAUCGCAGACCGUGACUGUUGACAGACAGAUGCGUAGAUACAAUGUUCCUAGAAUUACCUUCAUCAACAAGAUGGACAGAAUGGGUGCUGAUCCUUUCAGAGCCAUUGAGCAGAUUAACUUGAAAUUGAAGACUCCAGCGGCUGCUAUCCAGGUGCCUAUUGGAGCAGAAGCUGACUUGAAGGGUGCCGUCAACAUCAUCGACAGAGUUGCCAUCUAUAACGAGGGUGCUCAAGGUGAAGACUUGCGUAUUACGGAGGAGAUUCCUGCUGAAUUGGUCGACUUGGUCGAAGAAAAGAGAGCACUUUUGAUUGAGACCUUGGCCGAUGUCGAUGAAGAGAUCGCCGAUAUCUACUUGGAGGGUGAAGAGCCCUCCGUUGACCAGAUUAAAGCUGCCAUCAGAAGAGCUACCAUUGCCAGAAAAUUCACCCCAGUUUUGAUGGGUUCCGCUUUGGCCAACAAGGGUAUUCAGCCAGUUUUGGAUGCUGUGGUGGACUACUUGCCUCAACCCAACGAGAUCUUGAACACUGGUCUUGAGUUGGUAGCCAAUGAGGAAAAGCCUAUCAAGUUGAUUCCUUCCAGCAACGAGCCAUUCGUCGGAUUGGCUUUCAAGUUGGAGGAGGGCAAGUAUGGACAGUUGACCUACAUUAGAGUGUACCAGGGUAAAUUGAAAAAGGGUGCUUACAUGAACCACGUCAAGUCUGGUAAAAAGGUGAAGGUGUCCAGAUUGGUAAGAAUGCACUCCAGUGAUAUGGAGGAUGUUGACGAGGUUGGUGCUGGAGAGAUCUGUGCCACCUUCGGUAUUGAUUGUGCUUCUGGAGAUACUUUUAUUGGCCAGAACUCUGAGCGCAAUAUUGCCAUGAGUUCCAUGUUUGUUCCAGAUGCGGUGAUCUCGUUGUCUAUCGAACCCAAAUCCAAAGAUAGUGGAAACUUUUCUAAGGCCAUGAACAGAUUUCAGAAAGAGGAUCCAACCUUCAGAGUGCGUUUCGACCCAGAAUCGAAGGAAACGGUUAUUUCAGGUAUGGGAGAGUUGCACUUGGAAAUUUACGUGGAAAGAAUGAAGAGAGAGUAUGGAGUGGAAUGUGUUACUGGUAAGCCUCAGGUUGCAUACCGUGAAGCCAUCACAUCGGCCACCCUGUUCGAUUACACCCACAAAAAGCAAUCUGGAGGUGCUGGACAGUUUGGUAGAGUCAUUGGAGAGUUCUCACCUAUCGAUGGAGAGAACAAAUUCACUCAGCAUGUGGUGGGAGGAAAGAUUUCUGAGAAGUAUUUGUUUGCUUGUCAGAAGGGCUUUGAGGACUCUUUAGAGAAAGGUCCAUUGAUUGGACACCGUGUUUUGGGUGUCCACAUGCAUAUCAACGACGGUCAAUCGCAUAUGGUGGAUUCCUCGGAGUUGUCUUUCAGAUUGGCUACUCAUGGAGCCUUCAAGCAGGCCUUCUUAAACGCCAAUCCAGUGAUUUUGGAGCCUAUUAUGACCGUUGAAGUUAGUGCGCCAAAUGAGUUCCAGGGACCAGUGGUAGGUUUGGUGAAUAAGCUCGGUGGAAUGAUCAUGGAGACUGUCAAUGGUCAAGAUGAAUUCACGGUGACUGCUGAGUGUUCGUUGAACUCCAUGUUUGGUUUCUCCACCUCGUUGAGAGCAUGUACUCAAGGUAAGGGAGAGUUCUCGUUGGAGUUCUUGAAGUAUGCCCAGACUUCUCCACAAUUGCAAAGACAGUUGAUUGAGGAGGCUGAGAAGAAGAAGAAGUGA